UGCGCGGGUUGGAUGGGGGGUGGCUAAAUGAGGAGUUUGGUUUUUUUUUAAUGCGAGCCUUGCAGGUGAAGGGGCCGGGAAAUGCGAGCCUUUCUAAAGAGUUCGGAGGGGUGUUUUCAGCUGAAACUGCGCACCACGACGAUAGGCAGGCACCCAGGGGCCGACAUCGUCCUGCAGUCCACAGGUGUAGCUGAUCAUCACGCAGCCCUUGAAUUCACCCCCUCGGACAACAGCUUCAUCCUUCAGGACUUCAACUCCCUCCAUGGCACCUUUGUCAAUGGCUGUCAGGUCCAAAACGCGGCCGUGAAAGUGAGUCCGGGGGAUAUCCUGCGCUUCGGCGCGGGGGGAGCAUCCUUCCAGCUGGUGGUGGAUGGGACGGCCCGGAUGUCCUAUUCCCCUGUGAAACGUCUCAUGGCAUGGACCGGGCAGCUCCAGGUGGUUGCAGAGCCCAAACCCUCGACUCCGGCAUCUCCUCCCCACCUCCCCUCCCUGCAGUGGCAGCAUCCCCCCAGCUCCCCAGGCCAGUGGGCUACCAGAGCUGCUGGCCACGUACCUCAUCCGCCCCCAUGGAAGCGACCCCUAAGUGCCUGGGCUGGGAGCGUGGCCACCACCAUCCCUCCGGAUGCUUUCAGUAGGAGCUCUGCGGUGAGGACAGUCGUGACCAGCAUCUCAGGUGACGGUGUGAGCGGUGCCGGGGGAGCCCCUUCCCCAGGGACUCAAGACGCAGAUUUCCUCCCACAGGAGAAGGGUGAGAAGGUCCUGCAACUGGAGAAGGAAAUCGGUGGCCUCUCUGGUAUGGAGACAGAAUCAAAGCAGAAAGAUGCGAUGAUAAGAGACCUGCAGGAUGAGAUCGCAGCGAUGGCAAAGACCCUGGCUCAGGCGGCGGCAAGGAACGAGGUAGAGCUGACCCAGAAGCUGCUGACCUUCGACCGAGAGCUGGGGGCCAAAACGGAGGAGAUCAGAGCCUUGAGGGAACAGGUCAGCAGCCUGCAGAAAGGCUCGAGCCAGGUUUUCUGCCAUUCCCUCUACGAGAGAGACCUGGAGAUCGGGAGGCUGCGGAAAGAAAGCGAGAAGGUGAAGAGGGAGCACGCGUUGGCUGCAGGUCUGGUGGCCAGCCUGCGAAGGGAGAUCAUGGGCAAGGAGCAGAAAAUGCAGCAACUCAAGCAAGAGGUUGAAAAAGUGAAGAAGGAAAACAGGGAAAAGGACAACCAGCUAGCAGUCGUGUCUGCCAAGUGCUCUAGAAUUAAAGAGGAAACGAAGCACCAACGUGGAGAGCGAGAAGUAAUUGCGUGCCGAAAUCGCAUCGGGGAGCUGGAGCGCGACCUGGAGGGGCUGCGGGGGGAGGUCCAGAGGUAUUGUGCCGAGCAGGAGAGCAGCCGAAACCAGCUGGCCCAGAAAGCCAAGGCUGAGGAGGAGCUGCAGGAAGCCUGUGCCAGGCAAGCGCUGCAGCUGCAGGAGAUGGGGCGCAGGGAGCACCUGCUGCGAGCUGACGCGGGGAGGGCCAGGGAGCAGCUGGAGUCCUUCAAAUCCCAAGUGCUGCAAGCCUGUUCUCCAGCAGCAGCAGGAGUUGCAGGGAUGGUGGUGACGGAGCAGCAGGUGAUAGAGAAGGUCAGGCAGAUCUCUGAAGAAAGCCAACAAAGUCAUGAGAGAGAGAAGUGUCUACAGGAGGAACUAAGCUCCUGGCUCUCGAAGGAGAAGGAGGUGUCUGAAAAUGUAGAGGUGUUCAAGAAAUCCCUGCAUGAGCUCCAGGGGUGCCUGAGGAGCUCCUGCAGCAGCGACAGCCUGCGAGGGCAGCUGGGGAGGCUGGAGGCGGUGAGCCUGGACCCCUCCAUCGCGGCCAUCGGGGCGGCGGUGGUGGAAGUGGCACAUGUCCCCCUGUCCUGGCUGGAGGGCACGGAGCGGCUCCUGGCCAGCAUGGGGGUGGACCCGCACGCCUCCGGCAAAGGGCCGUUGGCUGCUCUGGGGAGACUGGUGGAAGACAGUCAGGAAACCACACGGAGGAAUCGGAUGCUACAGGCCCAAUUAGAGAGGGACCGGGAGGCGCAGGCAGCUCUGCUGCAGGAGCACGUGAAGGAGCUGGAAGCGAAACAUGAGCACGACCUGCAGAUAAAAAUACAGCAAAUUACGUUGGAAAAGGACAAGGAGAACCAAGAGAUUCUGGAGAUCGCUGUCGCCCAGGAGAAGGAUAAGUGCAAGCAAUCCGUGGAGGAAGAACAGAAGAAGAUCCGAGACCUGGAGAGCCACCUGAGAUGCCUGACUGAGGUAAUUGAAAGGAAGUCAAAGGAGCAGGAGGUCUCAGAGUGCAAACUGAGAGAAGCCAUGUACAACCUGGAGGAAGCCACGGCACGAGAGAUGAUGUUAGAGCAGCAGGUUCUCACGCAAGAGGAGCAGCUCAAGACCAUUCACGAGGAGAAGGAGUUUCAGAGGCAGAAACUGCAGGAAGAAAUAGAGGAAUACAAAGAGCAAAGCAAGCAGCAUUCUCUGACAAUCGUGGCUUUAGAGGACAGGUUGCUGGAGGCCAAGCAGCAGCAGAAGACACUGGAGGAGGAAAAGGCAGCGCUCGUGGAAAAAAUGAAAGGAUUUCAGGGCGAUGCCCGCAGGGUGACAUCGGGAGCCACGCUGGAGGUUUCUCCUGCCACAGCAUCGCACUGCUGUCUGAGGAAAUUCAGGGAGGAGCUGGCAGCGGCGCAGAGCGCACUCCAGUCCAAGGAGGCCAUCAUCGCCGGACUAACCAAAGAGCUGGGGGAAACCAGAGCCAGGAUGUCGGACAUGAGAGGGGAGCUGAGCGAGGAGCAGAAGGUGGAACUGGAGCAGAACCUGAGUCGGGUGAAACGCCAAGAGCGGGAACUGAACCUGCUCAGGGAGAAGCUAUCCCAGAUGUCCAGCCUGGUGGAGAAGAAGGAUCGAGCCCUGGAAGCAGCAGCUGAAGAGUUAAGGCAAGCCCAAGCCCGCCGAGCACUGGAGGAUGCCUCCCGAGAAACGCUGAAGGAUGCCGAUCCCAAGAAGGAUGCUCCUGGGAUGCCGGUGCCGGCAGCUGAAGCCUCCAAGAGGUUCCCUUUUGAUUUUCCCUGGUGCUGGGAAAGGGAAGAACUCAAAAAAGGUGGCUGCGGCAGCAGAUGGUGGGACUGAGGAACCGUACACCCUGUGCCGCAGCAGUGGCAGACAGCGUGCCAGCGAGAGAGGCUGGAUGUGUGGGGGCCAGGCGGUGACUCACAGCCAGAUGACGAGCGGGAGGGAUCGCCCGAGCUGGCAAUGGACUUGGCCAACCUCGGUGCGAAAUGCCGAGGCCUCAGGCACGAGGAGACGAUCCAGCGCCAAAGACAAGGCUUGGCCGAGCUCCGGGAGAGAGUAAAGAUGCUGGAGAAGAGGCAGUCCUUGGCUGUCAUGAAGAAGGGUUCGGAGCCGCUGGUGGUCCUGAUGAAAGACUUGCCAGAGGAAAUAAUCCAGGAAACAGGUCUUGAGAAGGAACCAGCACCUAUGUCAGGAACAGAACUGAAGGCCGGGAAGGAUCCUGGACACAUUCCUAACUGGGGCUCACACAGGGCCGCUGACGGGGCAGCGAGCUCGGAGGUGGAUGAUGUGACAGACCUCGGCGAGAAGAUGUACCUUGAUGUAAUUGGUGCUCUGGGAAGCCUGAUGAAGGUGAAGGAGCUGUCAGGAAUGCAGUCUCUGAAGCACCUUCCUCUGGAGGAGAGGGAGAAAGCGGGACUGCAGAGACGGAAGGGCCUGCAGCUGCUGUACGAUCAGGUCAGGAACCUCAAGAGUCGCCUGGAGAGAAAAGAAGAACUGGUGAAAGAUUACGAGGCCAGCGUGGAGCAGCUCAGGCUGAACCAAGCAUCCCUGCAAAGGUGCCAGGAGGAGAUGUCCAAGCUGGAAGAUGAAGCCUACAGGGAGGCAGAAGAGAAGGCUCUGCUGAAGGAAGCUCUGGAGAGGACGCAGCUGCAGCUGAGCCAGGAGAAGAGGCUGCUGCGAGCAGCCAAACUGCACAAGCCUGGAGCCAAGAAGCCUUUCUGCUCGGGAAAGCUGAAGGCCAAGGAGCGCACAGCAGAAGCCCUCAAGAUGGGAAGCCCGUAGGGGAGCUACCACAGAGGCCUUGGGUUGGCGAAGGUCCGUGGUAGGAACGGGUCGGCGCACUGUGGACACUAAUAUUGGUCGUGGUACGAGGUGUGGGUGCGUUUUGAGGAGCCCCUGUUGGUAUCCCGGAGCUCCUGGGCACACUGGGGUGACUGCACGGUGUGGAGGACAUUAUUUUCCUGCAGUACAUGUCCUGGGCUGCGUGGUGGGGCUCAUGGCGAUAGAAAAGGUGGUGUGGAUACACCUGAGCAUAUACGUGUAUAUUUAUCUAUAUGUGUGUGAAUACAACCCAGUGUAUACAGCAUAUGUGGGGUUUGUCGUGUCCC